GCAGGUUAGGACGGAGGAGCCCUGGCAGCGCAGCGUGUGUGGGCAGGACUGGAAUAACGGGUGCCGUAGGAGAGGAUUUACGAGMGCGGGGAGGUUGGGAAUGGCCGGGAAUGGCACGGCAGGUCAGGGGUGAGGUGGGAUGUGCGGGGCCGGGAUGUGGCCCGAGGUCCCGGCGGUGUCGCUUUGUCACCAACACAGGAUUCCCGGUGUCCCAGGGAAGCCUCGCUGCUCCCGGGAAGUGUCCCAGAGAAGGAGUUUCUGUGCAGAGCAAAGCCGAGGUUUUGCCGUGGUGGAAAUCGCCACAAUCCCACCUGGGCCAGCUCUCCYAAACACCCGUGUGCCCAAAUUAUCGCGGUUUUCCCGGUGUGCCACACCAGACCACCGAUGGCCUCCAUGGGCAGGGCUCGGAUCUGAGGGUUGGGAAGGUCAAAGGGAAGGUCCUGACAGGCUACACCCGGCCCAGGCCCCCUCGCCGCAGCGGCUACCACCGCUACCAGUUCCGCCUGUACCGGCAGCCGGCGCGGGAGACCAUCACCCUGAGCUCCGAGGAGGAGGAAUCGCUGGGCUCCUGGGACUUGAAGAACUUCGUGGAGGAUUUUCACCUGGGCUACCCGGUGGCCGCGACCCAGUUCCUCACCAAAAACCACAAAGAUUGACUCCAUCCACGCCUCCCUCGCCCUGCACAUCCCCACACCACAGAKCCAGCGGUGCCCGGAGCACAGGGCACCCCGGACCCACCGAGGGUGAACCCACCCUGCUCCCCCACAGCACCAACCCCAAACCCUCCGCUCCCAAAGUUGUCUUUCCCUCUGGGGAACUUAUCAAGAGAUGUCCCCGCUCGCCUGGGCAUCCCAGGAAUUAUGGCAUCACCCCAUUCCUUCACCCCGUUUCUGACCUGACCCCCUGCRUGUCCCCCCCUGACAAUUUGGGGACUUUGAGUUUAAUGCCUGCGGCUUCCCAAAUAAAAUUUGGAUGGAGCACAGGAUGGAGCUGGUGGUGAGUGCGGGGCAGCACCGGGGGAAUCCGGGAUUUUGGGGUGAGCAGAC